ACUUUAGUUCAACAUUUCUCUCCAAAAAAAAACCCAAAGAAUUGUUUAUCUCGGAGAAGACCAAAGAGUUGAAGAAUAAAAAUGUCAAGAGUAAGUUGUAUCAUCUUCCUGGCCUUCCUCCUCUCCACCACUCUUGUAUUUGCAGUUCGUCCUCUGCAGCAGUCCACUCAAUUGAAUGUUCAAGGUGUUGGUGCAGAGAUUGAGGAAGAAAGGUGUGGGGGUUUGGAUGAAGAUGAGUGCUUGAAAAGGAGGACAUUAAAUGCUCAUCUUGACUAUAUAUACACACAGAAUGGCCCUUCACAGAAUGGCCAUCCAUGAAUGUGGCUGUAUGUGAUUUUAUGCAAAAUAUAUAUGGUGUCAUGCUAAUAAGUUUUCUCAAUAUAAUAUAAGGUUUAUGGAUAGAUUA